UGCCGCUUGUGUUGGAUUCAGCAUAGCUGGAAAAGGUGGUUUUGUUUAUCUGAUCAAUUUGAGUGGAUCGGAUUGGAUACUGACAAACCAAGAAUCAUUCAGAAUGGAGAACUGGAAUUUCCCGACAUUACUCAAAAAUGGGGACGCUGAACUUGUUUAUGUAGAGUUCACGAAUUCAUUAUUUUGGUUUUUUAUAUCGGCCCACGCCAGAGUUGUCUAUGAACUUGCUGGGACAGGAGGAAAGAGUUUUCAGAUAUUAGCUAUAGGAAGACCUUAUCUUAGGUAUGAUAUACCUAACCGCUUAGAGGCGUUCUAUGACAACUUGGAAAUACAUGGCCAAACAAAAGGAAUGAGAAGUAAUUUAGGUUGGAGGCAUGACAGAGAUACUAAUUUUAUUAUCAUCGGAAAGAAUGGAAAGUACACCGGCACAAGUUUGGACGGUUUUAACUGGAUGAAGAACAACAUAGACGUUUUGGGGAAUAGAACUCUCAGGCAGAUUUCCAUCCCUGGAUCUCAUGAUGCAGGUAUGAGAACACUGAAUGGAAAUACUGUCUAUGGUUACUCAUGCAAUUUACUUACUCAAAGUUAUUCGUUUGGACAGCAGUUGAAUCUCGGUAUCAGAUACUUUGAUAUAAGGCCAGUGAUUGGUAAUGGUGGUGAAUAUCUCACCGGCCACUACGAUUACGAUUCAGGUAGCUGGCAGGGUGGGAACGGUCAGUCUAUCUCCUCAAUUAUAACCGAACUUAAUAAUUUUACUGAGGCCUACAACGAAUUAAUAAUAGUCAAAUUAUCUCAUUCACUUAACACCGAAGUUGGAUCAAAUAACUACAGAAAGUUUAAACAAGAAGAAUGGGAAAAUUUGUUUCAAAAACUGGAUUCUAUAAAUUUUCUUUAUAUAAAUGGCAACAGCAAUGUCCAUCUUGACCAAAUAACAUUAAAUGAUUAUACCGAUCAUGGUUCCAAAGCUUCUGUCAUUAUAAUUGUUGAUGAUGCAGAUUCUAAAGUUGAGUUAGGAAGUAGAUUGGGUAAGGGUUACUUCAUGCCAAACAGCUUAGACAUUUAUGAUAAUUAUGCUGGUACCAACGAUUGGAGGACAAUGAUCAAUAAUCAAAUCAGAAAUAUGCAUGAGCAUUCAAACAAUCAAUACUUUUUACUAUCCUGGAUCCUGACUCAAAGUGAAAAACAAGCAUCCCUAUGUACUGUACAUGAAAAAUCUGUUAAAGAACUCGCAGAUGAAGCUAAUAAUCAUUUAGGAAAACUGUUGUAUGAUGAAGUUUCAUCUUCCUCGUACCCCAACAUCAUUCUUGUCGAUAACGUGAAAGACACUGACGUUGCUGCAAUGGCACUGGCUAUAAGCACAAAAAUAAUGUAA